AUGGGAGCUGUGUGCAGUGUGUUGGAGAGCCUGGAGCAGGAGUAUAAGAGGGAAGAGGACUGGUGUGGGGGGGCUGAUAAACUGGGUCCUAACUGUGAGUCAGACCACGUCACCCCCAUGAUCAGCAAACACCUGGAACAGAAAGAGGCCUUCCUCAAGGCAUGUACCCUGGCCAGACGUAAUGCUGAUGUGUUCCUGAAGUACAUGCACAGGAACAGUGUUAACAUGCCUGGGAUGCUCAGCCAUGUCAAAGCACCGGAACAACAGGUCAAGAACAUCCUGAAUGAGUUGUUACAGAGAGAGAACCGUGUUCUCCACUUCUGGACCAUGAGGAGACGACGGUUGGACCAGUGUCAGCAAUACGUGGUGUUUGAACGCAGUGCCAAACAGGUACACACA